AUGGCCCAGUCUGUCCCACCAGGCGAUAUCAGCACCCAACCCAACUCGAAGAUCGUUUUCAACGCACCAUACGACGACAAACAUACCUACCACAUCAAAAUCACGAAUGCUGGUGGUCGUCGCAUUGGAUGGGCUAUAAAGACAACCAAUAUGCGUCGUCUGGGAGUUGACCCACCAUGUGGCGUCUUGGAUCCUAAGGAGAAUGUACUGAUGGCGGUCUCCUGCGAUACGUUCGAUGCAUCGAAAGAAGAUAUCAACAAUGACCGUAUUACAAUUGAAUGGACCAACACGCCAGAUGGUGCUGCCAAACAGUUCCGCCGAGAAUGGUUCCAAGGUGAUGGUAUGGUCCGCCGGAAAAACCUGCCCAUUGAAUAUAACCUCUAA